AGGAACACACUGAGAGAAAUCAAGUGUCGGUGGAGAGAAAUUCUGGCAACUGUUACUAUACUAAGGGAAAGACCAGAACAGAGGAAGAGCUCCUUUCAUCAGUAGCUUUCUUCCUUGCUUGCUCUGAUGAAGCAAGCCACCAUAUGGACAGUCUUGUGGAGAGCUCCACAUGGCAAAGAACUGGAGUGGCCUCCAAACAACAGUCGAUGAGGACACAGGUCUUGAGUCCAACUGUCUGGGGAAAUGAAUUCCCCAACAACCAUGUCAGUUAGUUUGGAACCUGAUCCUUUCCCAGUCUAGCCUUGAGAUAACUGAAGCCUCUGCUAACAUCUUAGUUGCAGCCUGUGAGAGACCCUGAGCCAGAGGACCCACCAAAGCCCCGCUCGGAAUCCUGACCCACAGAAAUUGGAAGAUAAUAAAUGUUUUAAGCAACUAGGUUUUGGGGUAAUUUGUUAUGCAUCAAUAGAGAACUAAUAUAAAUGACAAAUAAUUGUGGUAUAUUUAUACUAUGAAAUAUACAAAAAUGGAAAUAAACUAUAGCAAUAUAGCAAUACCAAAAAAAAUGAACCUUAUAGAUACAUUAAUAAUGAAAAGUAAAAAAUAAAUAUGUGUUAUAUGAUGUAUACAGAGUUCGGGUCUAGGUAAACAGAGUGCAAAAAUAAUAAAGAAAAAGCAAGGAAGUGAUGAAAGUAGAAGUCAGGCUGCUGAUUACCUUUGGGGAGGGGAAGGGAUAGUGGGGGACACAAGAGUCCCUUAUCAGAUGCGUGCCAUGUUCUACUUCUUGAUCUAUCAAAAUUAUUCAGGUGCCUGCUUUGUAACUACUUAAGUAUUAGAAUGGCUAGAUUGGAAUGACCAGGCUCUCUCCUUUUCUGUUUUAUAGGCCAUUGUAUGUUUUAUACGUAUUUUUGCAUGUGUGAUAAGUUUCACAAUGAAAAGUUUAAAAAUUAAAAAAAAACAUUAUUUUGUAAAAAGUAAUAGAAAUGGAAGCUCUGAGAUGGUACAGGGCCAUUUUUAUAUUAAUUUCCCUAAUUUUCAGUGUAUUAAAAAAUUUCUGAUUUUUUUAAUCUACUUAAAAAUAAUAGGAAAAUAGUUGCAGUGAAUAAUUCUAAGGACUGAUAGGUUUAUAGCAGAUGAAAAUAUAAUUAGAAAACAAAAUUUGGAAAAAUCCCUACUACUCUAUCUACUGGAUAUGUCUAAAACAUAUGAAUAUAUAACAUAUAUUCUAUCUUAUAGGAAUACAAAAUACGUAAAUAAUCAUAACUCCAGCUUGCCAAGUGACUGUGGGGAAACUGUGUCCCUCAUGUAUUCAUGACUUCUUUGUAAAGAGAAGGAACAGAUAUUGAAACAGAUGGGCUAAUUAUUAAUAAUAGCCAUAAAAUGUUAAAAACCUUUGACCCAUUUCUGCAACAAUCCUUUGAACAAUUAAUUCUCCUCAAAGAAAAUAAAUCUCUAAAACAGAAAAAUGGCUAAAGUGUAUUACAGUAUACCAACUCCUUUGACUAUUAUGCAGCUAUCAAGGUGCUCAUGAAGACUGAGUUUAAAAGAAAAAUAUUAUGAUGUACUGUUACUUGGAAAAGGUGAAAUUUAAUUUUUGUGCUAAUGUUAUGAGGGCAUGUGAAGAAUGUAUAAAUAUAGCCAAGACCUGGAAAAGAGCAUCUGAGCAUACAAGAGUAAAUUUUUUGGUUUGUGUGGUUGUCACAUGAAACUAAUUAACCUUCACAUUUCUUAACAAUUCUUUUUUAAACUUCUGUGUCCAUCUCUUCAAUGCUGUAAGUUUCUUCACUUCUCGUCAAUUUGUUUUUGAGAGUCUAAGUAAUUGAAUUUCUACCCUGGUAUGUCUGUCCUAUUGUGUUUUUCUGUUGACCUCAUGUUUUUUACGAAUUUUAUUUUACUGCUCACAGUAGUCAUGAUUUCUUAAAGAAAAAAAAAAAAAAAAAAAAAGGCAGGGAGAUUGAAACGACCAGACUCUCUUCUCCUUUACUGUUUUAUGGGCCAUUACUCCCCUUUGUAAGUUUCCUCCAGUCGCCAGGAAGGAAGCCUACCAAAAUUAAUUUUAAGUAAACCAAUUAGAUAAUAUCGAAAAUAUACCACCAAAUAUACCACAAAGGAAACAAUAUUUCAGUUUGUUAAAGGUAAUCACAAGUACACCAUAGUAACAGGAGGUUAGGGAAUUAAGGAGCUAAGAACGAACGGUGGAAUAAGGAGGAUAGCUUUCUCGCUAAAAUUAGGGCUCUGAGCAGAGUUUCAAAGGGAACAUCUGGGCACACUGGCUAGAGACUUCUGGAAAUGUUUCUUUUUUUUAUUUUAAUUUUUUUACUAAAAAGACUUACCCGACGAGAGUGGGAUUCGAACCCACGCGUGCAGAGCACAAUGGAUUAGCAGUCCAUCGCCUUAACCACUCGGCCACCUCGUCACGAUGCAAACACAUCAGCACUUCUUUUCUAGAUUGUAUGUUUAGCAACUCACUAGCGGGCUCAGAUAAAACGAUGGCUGAGAGACCUCUGGGAGACUUGGAGACGGCUAAUCUCCAUUCGAGUGGACGAGGAAUUGGAGUGGAAAAGCUACGAAUGAAAAGAAACAAAACAAAACAAAAACGGAUUUAGGUUUCACAAAACCAGAAAACAAACCCAUUGCGGUCGCGUCAAUUCCAACUCAUAGCCCUAUAGAACAGAACGUCCCAUAGAGUUUCCAAAGAGCGACCGGAGGAUUUAAACUGCCGACGUUUUUAGUUGGCAGUCGUAGUACUUAACCACUACGCCACCAGGGUCUUCUUUUACAGGACUCACAAGAGUGGUGGAGACUCUCUUUUUCUCCGGCUCCUGGGUCCCGGGUCAGGAGGCCCCCCAGAGUUAAACCGCAGCCGGGGUGGGCGUGGCCGGGCGGAGACCGGCAAACGGAGUUUGCUGUCACCCACAGACGUCGGGUGGACCAGGUUCCCGCGCCUCUGCCAGCUCACCGUGCAGCCUGAGAGCGCGCCCCGGGGCACGUAGAAGCCAGAACCGGUCCCAUCGGACUCCACCGCAGCUGAGCAGGCUAACCCGGACUCCUAAUUCGUGGUGAAUGACACAGUCUGGAAAAUCGGAUGAUGGGUCCGAGUAGGCCAAUGCUCAAUUUCUGCUCAGUGUUGUUGCCGCUUCUUUGAUACUGUAGGAAGAAACUGCGUAGAGAAGAAUCCUUAAUUCGUGGGACUGUUAUUCCUGGGUCAUCACCAUCAGAGGAAUUUUUUUGUUUUUUUUUUUAAGUUCUGUGGGUUUUGUUUGUUUGUUUAGUUUUGGCUUUUCUUUUUGUUUUUCCAAAAGUUUGUGUGUUGUGGUGGUUUUCUAGGGAGGAGAUUGCUUAACUUUCGUUAGAUUUCCCAAGAUGCUAACAACGUUAAGAAACUCACCUCUGAGGAGAAAAUGAUUCAAGGAAAGGGAGAAAAUAGCUGUUUGUUUGAUGGAUUGAAUAAAAUGCACGGAUGAAUGAGCACAAAAUCGAAAAACAAAUCUGCUGCCUUGAGCCGAUUCCGACUCACAGUGAUUUCUGACUAAUCAGAAAAAAAAAAAAAUCAGAGUCAAUCAUAAAUAAAGACAAUUUUGAAGAUGAGUCUUGAAGAGCAAGUUUUCUGGAGGUGGCGACCUCCCCACCUCCCGCGCCAAAUCCGUCUCUCUGCAUCCCCACCUGCCAUUAGCAGUGCCAACCGUAUAUACAGUCUUUUCCCGGACGGACUUAGCGUUUUCCCAGAGAACUUGGCGUUUCUGUACUGAUGUUAGAAAAAUAAAAAAGUUUUCUGGAGAUAAAUUUGACCUCUAGAUUUAGAUUCGAGCCCUGGUGACACAGUGGUUAAGUGCUGUGACUGCUAACCAAAAGGUCUGCAGUUCAAAUCCACUAGACCAGUCGGAACCGACUCUAGGGCAAUGAGUUUGUUUUUUAAUCUUUACGGAAGGAGCUCUGGUGGCGCAGUGGUUAAAGCGCUCGACUAUUAACAGUAAGGUGGGCGAUUCAGACCCACCGGCCACUCAGCGGGAGAAAGAUAUGGCAGUUUGCUUCCAUAAAGAUUUACAGCCUUGGAAACCCUAUGACCAAAACCAAAACCAAAACCAAACCCGUUGCGGUGGAGUCAAUUCCGACCCCUAGAGACCCUAUAGGACAGAAUAGAGCUGCCCCAUAGGGUUUCCAAGGAGCAGCUGGUGGAUUUUAAAUGCUGACCUUUUGGAUAGCAGCUGAGCUCUUAACCACUGCAGCGCCAGGGCUUGAAAACCCUAUGAAACAGUCGUACUUUAUCCUACAGGGUCGCUAUGAGUUGGAACCGACUCAACCCCCAUGCGUUUGGUUUAUGGUUAAUCCUUACUGAAGGAGCCGGGCGCAGUGGUUAAGCACUCGACUGCCAGCGGAAAAGUCAGAGAUUGGAAUCCACCAGCCAUUCCCUGAAGAAAUAUGUGCAAUCCUGCUUCCACAAAGAUUACAGCCUUGGAAACCCUACGGGGCAGUUCUACUCUGAUCUAUAGGGUGGCUAUGAGUCGGAAUAAAGGGCUACAGGGAAUACUUCUCCCGUGGAGCAGCUUGUGGGUUCGAACCUACGGUCUUUCGGUUAGCAGCCAAGCGCCUAUUAUAAAAAAUAUCAAUUUGACUUUCUCUACCUUGAGCUCCUCUCAGCCGAGCCUACCGUGUGCCCUCGCUAGACCCUAAGCCUUAAGAGGGCAAGGCAGGACAGGAAUCCUGUCUUUUUUGCUCACCAUCUAUUCCACUGUAUUUUAUUACGUGACUUAUAACUGGUGCUCAGCAUAUACCAUCACCCCCAGGUGUCUGUCAGUUUGUCCUACUGUGGGGGCUUGUGUGUUGCUGUGAUGCUGGAAGCUUAUGCCACUGAUGUUUGGAUACUAGCAGGGUCACCCAUGGUGGACAGGCUUCAGCUGAGCUUCCAGACUAAGACAGAUGAAGAAGAAGGACCUGGUAGUCUACUUCUGAAAACAAUUAUCCAGUGAAAACCUUACGAAUAGCAGCAGAAUAUUGUCUGAUACAGGGACGGAGGAUGAGCCCCCCAACUUGGAGGCACUCAAAAGAUGACUGGAGAAGAGCUGCCUCCUCAAAGUAGAUUCCACUAAUGACAUGGAUGGAGUCAAGCUUUUGGGACCUUCAUUUCCUGAUGUGGCACAACUCAAAAUUAGAAAAAAACAACUGCAAAAAAAUGUUUUUUUAAAACAUCCAUUAAUAAUUCGAACCUGGAAUGCACAAAGUAUGAGUCUAGGAAAAUUGCAAAUGGUCAAAAAUGAAAUGGAAUGCAUAAACUUCGAUAUUCUAGACAUUAGUGAGCUGAAGUGGGCUGGUACAGGUCAUUUUGCAUUGGACAAGCAUGUGGUCUACUAUGCCGGGCGUGACAACUUGAAGAGCGAUGGUGUCGCAUUCAUCAUCAAAAAGAACAUUUCAAGAUCUAUCCUGAAGUACAACGCUGUCAGUGGUAGGAUAAUAUCCAUACACCUACAAGGAAGACCAGUUAAUACAACUGUUAUUCAAAUUUACUCACCAACCACUAAGGCCAAAAUGAACAAACUGAAGAUUUUUACCAGCUUCUGCAGUCUGAAAUUGAUCACACAUGCAACCAAGAUGCAUUGAUAAUUACUGGUGAUUGGAAUGUGAAAGUUGGAAACAAAGAAGAAGGAUCGGUAAUUGGAAAAUAUGGCCUUGGUGAUAGAAACAAUGCUGGAUAUCCCAUGAUAGAAUUUUACAAGACCAGCCACUUCUUCACUGCAAAUACCUUUUUCACCAACAUAAACAGUGACUAUAGACAUGGACCCCAGAUGGGAUACACAGCAAUCAAAUCAACUACCUCUGUGGAAAGAGAAGAUGGAAAAGCUCAAUACCAUCAGUCAGAACAAGGCCAGGGGCUGACUGUAGAACAGAUCAUCAAUUGCUCAUAUGCAAGUUCAAGUUGAAACUGAAGAAAAUUAACACAAACCCACAAAAGCCAAAGUAUGACCUCGAGUAUAUCCCACCUGAAUUUAGAGACCAUCUCAAGGAUAGAUUUGACGGAUUAAACACUAAUGACCAAAGACCAGACGAGUUGUGGAAUGACAUCAAGGACAUCAUUCAUGAAGAAAACAAGAGGUCAUUAAAAAGACAGGAAAGAAAGAAAAGACCAAAAUGCAUGUCAAAAGAGACUCUGAAAUUUGCUCUUGAACGUUGAGCAGCUAAAGCAAAAACAUGAAGUAAAAGAACUGAAGAUUUCAAAGGGCAGCUUGAGAAGACAAACUAAAGUAUUAUAAUGACAUGUGCAAAGAGCUGGAGAUAGAAAGCCAGGAGAAACCAGUUCCUAGAGAAGGGCAUCAUGCUUGGUAAAGUAGAGGGUCAGCAAAAAAGAGGAAGACUCUCAAGGAGAUGGACUGAUGAGGUGGCUGCAACCAUGGAUUCAAACAAAGCAACGAUUGUGAGGAUGGUACAGGACCAGGUAGCAGCAUUCAUCCUGUUGUAUAUGGGGUCACUAUGGGUUGGGGCUGACUCAACAGCACCUAACAACAACAAUAGCUUUGGGUGUUCAUCCAGCCUCCAGGGCUCCAGGAAAUCCUGAUUUCAUGAGAAUUUGAUAUUCUGUUCUAUAUUUCCCCCAGUUUAUCAGGAUUCUUCUAAAGAAUCUUUGAUCAAAAUGUUUAGUAAUGGUAGCCCAGCACCAUCCAAUUCUUCUAGAUGCCUGGCAAAGGAGGCAGUUGUUUAUGGAGGCAAUAAGCCACACAUUCCAUUUCCCCUCCUAUUCCUGACUUCCCUUCUUCCUCUGUUGCUUCAGGUGAAUAGAGACCAAUUGUGGUUGCUUGGAAGGCUGCUUCCAAGAUUUUUAAGACCCCAGGCACUACACCACGAACUAGGAGAUAAAACAGAAAUGCUAAACAUGUUAUUAGGCCUAUUAACUGUGAUGUCCAAUGAAACCAUGACCCUAAACCUCCAAACCGAGGAACCAAAUCCCGUGAGGUCUUUGGUUGUACAUAAGCAGCCUCAGCAGCUAAUUUUUUUUGUCACUGUUGUAAAUAUAUCUGUCUUAGGCUGAGUUCUCCAGAGAAGCACAACCUGUGAAGCACAUAUGUAUACAUAGAUAUAGAUUUAUCUCAAAGAAAUGGCUCACAUGGUUGUAGAGGCUGGCAAGUCCCAAGUCCAUGGAUCAGUCAUCAGGCUGGAAGCUUCUCCUGACUCACAUAGCUGUAGGUGCUGAUGAACCCAAGAUUGGCAAGUCAGAGGGCAGGCUGCUGGCUCAGGGGCUGCAGAGGCUGAGGAAUCCAAGAUAGGCAGGUAAGACUGCUGGAUCAGGCUGUGGAGAUCAAGGAAUUCCAAGAUUGCCAGGCAAUAUGGAAGUCUGCUAGCUCAAGUCUUAAGAACUAAAAAAAAAAAGCUGGAUGCAGAAUAUAGAGUGAGCAAAAGCCAGUGAUCUUUGCAAGAUAGUUCAUAUAUAUAUUGGAUACAGGCUGCAUCACCAAGAAAACUUCCCUUACAAGUGAUUGGCUGAUCACAUCACGGAGAUGAUUACGUUAUACAACAAAAUGGAGGGUAACUACAUCAUUACACAACUAUCAAAUUACAUCAUUACAUACUGCCAAACUACCUCAUUUUAUAACUGCCAAACCACUGAUAAUCAUGGCCCAACCAAGUUGAAACACAACCUUAGCCAUCACAGUCCACCUCUUGUCAACUGGGUACCUGUACACUUCUCCUUAAACCAUACACAAUUUCUAAAUAAAGAUAAUUAUAAUGUCAUAUUUGCAAGAAACUUGGUACAACUAACACACAUACAGCUGAAAACACACUAGCCGCACUUACAUCUUAUAAAUUGUAAGUGAAGAAAUCAAAAAUAUUUGAUGCACUUAUACAAGGAAGGAAUACUCAUGACAAUUACAGUCCUCAUUUCUGCAACUAUCUUCUUCUACUACCCAUUCUGUAUUCACUUUGCCCUCAGCAAGCACCACAACUGGUCGUGGUUCUUUGCCUGUUGAAGUGGCCCAAACUUUCAUUCCUGAAGGGUCUGGGCCAUUAGCAGUCAUGUCAGAAUUGGGUAGCUGUAGUGUUCCACUGACUUCAAUCACAGGGCAUGGUAGCACUAAGAGAUGCCCUAAGAGAUCUCCUGUAUUCCAGACAUACACUUCUUUACCUCCAUUAUGUAAUAUCAAUCCAAUUUCCCCUUGGUAAUCAGGAUCGAUCAUACCAGCCAAUGUGGUAACUCCCUUCUUUGCCUGUUGAUCCAAAGGCAUGACUAGCCCAAAGUUUCCUGGUGGCAUUCUUAACUUCCAGUUCAAUGGAAUCAGUGUUGUGUCUCCUGGUGGGAAGUUUCUUCCUUUUGGAAUGAAGGCCUCUAGACCCACAGAGCAUAGGGUCAUGGGAACAGGAAGCAAAAAUUUUGUGAGUGGGUCAGUAGAGGUGUUAGCGGGUGGGGUCAUUCUAGUUUCUACCCCUUGAUUCCUAGGCCGGUGAAUCUUGGCUAUGGGAGAAACAGCACCAUAUAUUUGAAGCUGGUUUAGAGCAUGGACAGUCUCCUGGAGACCACUGUCCCAACCCUGCAAGGUAUUGCCACCCAGCUAGCACUGUAACUGUGUCUUUAGAAGGUCAUUCCAUUGUUCUAUUAAACCAGCUGCUCCAGGAUGAUGGUGAACAUGGUAAGACCAGUAAAUUCCAUGAGUAUGGGCCUAUUGCCACCUUUCAUUUGCCACGAAAUGAGUUCCUUGAUCUGAAGUGAUGCUAUGUGGGAUACCAUGACAGUGGAUAAGGUAUUCUGUAACUCCAUGGAUGGUAGUUAUGGGAGAAGCAUUGCAUACAGAGAAGGCAAAUCCAUAUCUAAAGGAAAUGUCUAUUGAGUAAGAACAAAACUCUGCCCUUCCCCUGAUGGAAGCAAUAAAAUGUAAUCAACUUGCCACCAGGUCGCUGGUUGAUCACCUCCAGGCCUGAUGCCCUGUCAGGGACUCAGUGUUGGUCUCUGCUGCUGGCAUAUUUGGCACUCAGCAAUGUCUAUAGCCAGUUCGGCCUCGGUGAGUAGAAGUCCAUUUCUAUCCCUGCUACCAUGGCCACUCUGUUCAUGAGCCCAUUGGGCAGUGAUGAGAGUGGCUGGGGAAAGAGGAUCACUUGCUUCCACAGAACGUGUCAUCCUAUCCACUUGAUUGUUAAAAUCCUCCUCUGUCGAGGUUGCCCUUUGAUAAGAACUCACAUGAGACACAGGUAUCUUAACUUCUUUGGCUAAUUCAGAGAGAUCUAUCCACAUAUCUCUUCCCAGUACGUCCUUGUCUACAAUUUUCCAAUCAUGUUCCUUCCAAGUCCCUUAACAUCCAGCCAAACCAUUGGCCACAGCACAUGAAUCAGUAUACAAUAGGACAUGUGACCAUUUCUCCUUUUAAGCAAAGUGAACAACCAGAUGCACUGCUAGCAGGGAGGAUUUCCCUUCACUACUGUACUUCAGAGAGUUCUUAAAAGGGGCUGUAGUGCUGCCACAGUCGACUUUCAAGUGGUGCCUGCAUAUCUCACAGAGCCAUCUGUAAACCAGGCACAAGUUUUCUCUUUCUCAGUCAACUGAUCAUAAGGAACUCCCCAUGGGGCCGUAGGUGAAGACUGGGAGGGGGAAGGUAAUGUGACAGGAGUGGAGACCAUGGGCAUUUGGACUACUUCCUCAUGCAACUUACUGCCUGCAGGCCAGAUCUCAUAUAUAGCACCUCCUUUUAAUAAUGCAGUGCUGCUAUGCAAGUCUGACUUUAUGGCUCUGGAGGUCAGACAACACCUAGUUCAUGAUGGGCAUCUCUGGCUACAUGGUAACUUGGUGGGCUAUGUGAUUAAUCGUUCAGUCUCUACUAAGGCCCAGUAACAAGCCAAAAGCUGUUUCUCAAAAGGAGAGCAGUGAGGCGGGGCCAAGAUGGCUGACUAGGUAGAAGCUACCUCAGAUCCCUCUUGCAACAAAGACUCAGAAAAACAAGUGAAUUGAUCACGUACAUGACAAUCUAUGAACUCUGACCAUCAAACACAGAUCUAAAGAGUUGACCUGAGUGACAGAGACUCAGCCAGUGCAAGCAGGCUGCACACUGAUGUGGCUAACGAGAGAACGAGCAACCACAGGGAAGCAGUGACUGUUUUUGGAGCAUGGAGCCAGCAUCCCAGUCAGAAAACCUUGGCGCUGGGCUUUGGACUGGGAGUGGAGGAACUGACCACAGCUUCUGAGACAGCACAAGCACAAGACUCAGGCCUGACCCUCGGGGGCAAUCUUGACCCAGCCAAUGGACACACAGGCUACACACCCCUCGGGAAUCUUAGAUAAAACAGUCAUCACCAAGCAAGAUAAGUAACUUUGUCUAUAUUCCCGGGUGCUACUCUCUCCUAUCUAUCUGAUACCUCCCCUCCCCUUCCCAGGCAGCUUCUUUAACAUUGGAAUUUCCUGGGCCAGAGAGUGAAGUGCUCUGUGGUUUUUUUUUUUUUUUUUGUCUUUUCCUAACCCAUUCUCCUGGCCUGAGAGAAGCAGCUAUAAAAAACCUAGGGACCAAAAAUCCUUCCUUGACUUCCUGAAAUUGGACUGAAAGUACAGAACCACCUCCAGCCAAGCAUAUGAAAUCCACAGUCUUGGGCUUUCAUCCCUACAGGGAACAAGGUGGCUAUUAUAAUGCAAAGACAAUUCUGAUAGUGAUCUGACUGUAAUUGUUUUAGCAGAUUACUGGAAAGACGAGUUUCCCAGGUCUGAUAUCUCUACCUAUUAAACAGAGUCCUCACUGACCCACAACAGGGAACUGAGGGCUGAUGCUCCACCCAAACCACCUAGCCUCCUGCCAUAGGGGUCUGAGGAUAGUGACACCUACCAAUCUGCAGAGGUACAUGCAUCGGGUGCCUAAGGUACAGAUGCAGAGCCCACCCACCAAAGUGCUUUAGGAAUAGAGACACAUCUACCUCACUGGCACUUGGGGGAAGCCUGUCAGCAACCUGCCCCCUCUGGAGUGUGACCCCCUGCUGCUACUAGAAUCUGGUGCACACAACUAUCACCAUUACUCCUCUAAGUGAAUAGGUGACAGUCUACACCACACACUUGAUGACCCAAAAUCAGAUUCUACUGAAGAAUAGUGAAUGGACUCUUAGGCUUAUAUAUCUGGUCACAGCCCAAACCAGCUGGUAAUAGGACAUAAGUGAUUCAAAGGCUACAACAAUCAAGACAGCGCAAUCUAGUAGCCUAUCUACGUAUAUUGAAAGAAAACAAAACAAGAUAAGACUCAGUGAGCAAAUAUAAAAUAAAUCAUUACAAUAUCUUAAAGAUGGCUCGGAGACAGCACUCAAUAUCAAAACACAUAAAGAAGCAGACCAUGAUUGCUUCUACAACUUGCCAAAUUAAAGAAUCAAAAUCUUUCCCAAAUGAAGAUACGAUCCUGGAAUUGCCAGAUGCAGAAUAUAAAAAACUAAUUUACAGAAUGCUUCAAGACAUCAGGGAUGACCUCAGAAAUGAAAUAAGGCAAUCUACAGAAAAAGCCAAGGAACACACUGAUAAAGCAGUUGAAGAAAUCAAAAGGAUUAUUCAAGAACAUAGUGGAAAAAUUAAUAAGCUGCAAGAAUCCAUAGAGAGACAGCAUUCAGAAAUCCAAAAGAUUAACAGUAAAAUUACAGAAUUAGACAACUCAAUAGGAAGUCAGAGGAGCAGAAUCGAGCAAUUAGAAUGCAGACUGGGGGAGUUGGAGGAUAAGGCAAUUGACACCAAUAUAGCUGAAGAAAAAUCAGAUAAAAGAAUUAAAAAAAAUGAAGAAACCCUAAGAAUUAUGUGGGACUCUAUCAAGAAGAAUAACUUGCAUGUGAUUGGAGUUCCAGAACAGGGAGGGAUAACAGAAAAUACAGACAGAAUAGUUGAAGAUCUGUUGGCAGAAAACUUCCCUGACAUCAUGAAAGACAAAAGGAUAUCUAUCCAAGAUGCUCAUCGAACCCCAUAUAAGAUUGAUCCAAAAAGAAAAUCACCAAGACAUAUUAUCAUCAAACUUGCCAAAACCAAAGAUAAAGAGAAAAAUUUAAAAACAGCCAGGGAUAAAAGAAAGGUCUCCUACAAAGGAGAAUCAAUAAGAAUAAGUUCAGACUACUCAGCAGAAACCGUGGAGUCAAGAAAGCAAUGGGAUGACAUAUAUAGAGCACUGAAGGAGAAAAACUGCCAGACAAGGAUCAUAUAUCCAGCAAAACUCUCUCAAAUAUGAAGGUGAAAUUAAAUCAUUUACAGGUAAACACAAGCUUAGAGAAUUUGCAAAAACCCAACCAAAGCUACAAGAAAUACUAAAGGAAAUUGGUCAGAAAAUCAAUAAUAUCAGAUACCAACACAACACAAGGUCACAGAACAGAACAUCCUGAUAUCAACUCAAAUAGGGAAAUCACAAAAACAAAUUAAGAUUAAUUUUAAAAAGAAAAAAAUGCUCAAAACAGGGAAUCAUUGAAUUCAUUAUGUAAAAGUUCACAAUAAUCAAAAAGAGGGACUAAAUACGGGAGGCAUAGAACUGCCAUAUGGAGAGGAAAACAAGGCAAUAUAAGUUGAUACAAGUUAGGUUUUUACUUAGAAAAAUAGGGGUAAAUAUUAAGGUAACCACAAAGAGGUCUAACAAUUCCAUAACUCAAAAUAAAAACCAAGGAAAACAUAACGACUCAGCAAACAUAAACUACUAUGAAAAUGAGGAACACACAAUUUACAAAGAAAAACGUCUCAGCACAAAAAAGUAAGUGGAAAAAUGAAAUUGUCAACAACACACACAAAAAGGCAUCAAAAUGACAGCACUGAACACAUAAACACAUACUUAUCUAUAAUUACGCUGAACGUAAACGGACUAAAUGCACCAAUAAAGAGACAGAGAGUUUCAGGCUGGAUAAAGAAACAAGAGCCAUCUAUAUGCUGCCUACAAGAGACACACCUUAGACUUAGAGACUCAAACAAACUAAAACUCAAAGGAUGGGAAAAAUAUAUAAAGCAAACAACAAUCAAAAAAGAGCAGGAGUAGCAGUAUUAAUUUCUGACAAAAUAGACUUUAAAGUUAAAUCCACCACAAAGGAUAAAGAAGGACACUACAUAAUGAUUAAAGGGACAAUUUACCAGGAAGAUAUAACCAUAUUAAAUAUUUAUGCACCCAACGACAGGGCUGCAAGAUAUGUAAAAUAAACUUUAACAGAACUGAAAAGUGAGAUAGACAUCUCCACAAUUAUAGUAGGAGACUUUAACGCACCACUUUUGGAGAAGGAUAUGACUUCCCGUAAGAAGCUCAAUAGAGACAUGGAAGACCUAAUUGCUACAAUCAACCAACGUGACCUCAUUGACUUAUACAGAACACUCCACCCAACAGCUGCAAAGUAUACUUUUUUUCUAGUGCACAUGGAACAUUCUCUAGAAUAGAUCAUAUAUUAGGUCAUAAAACAAACAUUUGCAGAAUCCAAAACAUCAAAAUAUUACAAAGCAUCUUCUCAGAUCACAAGGCCAUAAAAGCAGGAAUCAAUAACAGAAAAAUCAGGGAAAAGACAUCAAAUACUUGGAAACUGAACAAUACCCUGCUGAAAAAAGACUGGGUUAUAGAAGACAUUAAGGAGGGAAUAAAGAAAUUCAAAGAAUGCAACAAGAAAGAAAACACUUCCUAUAAAAACCUCUGGGACACAGCAAAAGCAGUGCUCAGAGGCCACUUUAUAUUGAUAAAUGCACACAUACAAAAAGAAGAAAGGGCCAAAAUCAGAGAACUGUCCCUACAAUGUGAACAAAUAGAAAGCGAGCAACAAAAGAAUCCAUCAGGCACCAGAAGAAAACAAAUAAUAAAAAUAAGAACUGAACUAAAUGAAUUAGAGAACAGAAAAACAAUUGAAAGAAUUAACAAAGCCAAAAGCUGGUUCUUUGAAAAAAUUAACAAAAUUGAUAAACCAUUGGCCACACUGACUAAAGAGAUAUGAGAAAGGAAACAAAUAACCCAAAUAAGAAACGAGAUGGGCCAUAUCACAAUAGACCCAACUGAAAUUAAAAGGAUCAUAUCAGAUUAUCACGAAAACUUGUACUCUAACAAAUUUGCAAACCUAGAAGAAAUGGAUGAAAAACACUAUGUACCUAAACUAACACAAUCAGAAGUAGAACAACUAAAUAGACCCAUAACAAAAAAAGAGAUUGGAAAGGUAAUCAAAAAAUUCCCAAUAAAAAAAAGCCCUGGCCCGGACGGCUUCACUGCAGAGUUCUACCAAACUUUUAGAGAAGAGUUAACACCACUGCUACUAAAGGUAUUUCAAAGCAUAGAAAAUGGUGGAAUACUACCUAUCUCAUUCUAUGAAGCCACCAUAUCCCUGAUACCAAAACCAGGUAAAGACACCACAAAAAAAGAAAAUUACAGACCUAUAUCCCUCAUGAACAUAGAUGUAAAAAUUCUCAACAAAAUUCGAGCCAAUAGAAUUCAACAACAUAUCAAAAAAAUAAUUCAUCAUGAGCAAGUGGGAUUUAUACCAGGUAUGCAAGGCUGGUUUAAUAUUAGAAAAACCAUUAAUGUAAUCCACCAUAUACAUAAUAAAAAACAAAAGACAAAAACCACAUGAUCUUAUCAAUUGUUGCAGAAAAGGCAUUUGACAAAGUCCAACACCCAUUCAUGAU